AAGAUGGCGGCGGAGACUAUGUUCAACCGGUCGGUGUGUGUGCAAGUGAGGUGCCAGGGUUGCGAGGAGAGGAGAUUAAAUGUUCGAGUCAAUAUUGAGCUACUGUCAAUUUCUAAUCCUGUUCAUAAAAAGGAUUUAGCUGUUCGAUUGACUGAUGAUACUGAUCCUUUUUUCCUUUAUAACCUUGUCAUAUCUGAGGAAGAUUUUCAAAGUUUAAAAUCGCAGCAAGGUCUCUUGGUAGACUUCUCUGCUUUCCCACAAAAAUUUAUAGAUCUGCUCCAGCAAUGCAUUCAGGAACAGAACAAAGAUAUCCCAAGGUUUUUGCUGCAAUUAGUUUCAUCAGCAUCUGUUCUAGAUCACACACCUGUCUCUUUAAAUGUAGUGGAGACCAAUCCUUUUAAACAUCUUACCCAUCUCUCUCUAAAAUUCCUACCAGGAAAUGACGCAGAAAUAAAGAAGUUUUUAGCCAGCUGUUUGAAAUGCCUUAAGGAAGACAAAAUGGUGUUGGAAGAAAAGCUUAGAAAAACUGAAGAGGAUCUUACUAGGCAACUGAGCUACACUCAACAGAGCUUGUCAGACAGGAGCCGAGAACUAGACAAACUGAAAAACGAAUGGACAUCAUACACUACAGCUCUAACAAACAAACACACACAGGAGCUGACAAGUGAAAAGGAAAGAGCGCUUCAGGCACAAGCUCAGUACCAACAACAGCAGGAACAACAGAAAAAGGAAUUAGAAAAUUUGCAUCAGAAAAGUAUUCAACAGUUGCAGAACAGACUCUCAGAACUCGAGGUCAUCAAUAAAGAUCUAACAGAAAGGAGAUACAAAGGAGACUCCACAGUCAGAGAACUGAAAGCAAAGCUUUCUGGAAUAGAAGAUGAAUGUCAAAGAGCAAAGCAGGAGGUGCUGUCACUGCGUCGGGAGAACACGACUCUGGAUGCUGAAUGUCAUGAAAAAGAGAAACUCAUUAAUCAGCUGCAGACACGGGUUGCUGUUCUGGAACAAGAGAUCAAAGAUAAAGAUCAGCUAGUUGUUAGAACAAAAGAAGUAUUAGAUGCGACACAAGAACAAAAGGUGAUACUGGAGGAGAGUACAGAGAAAAAACAAAGUCAUAUUGAAAAACUAGAGACAACAAUUAAGUCGCUGUCAGCUGAACUUCUUAAGGCUAAUGAAAUUAUCAAGAAGUUACAGGGAGAUUUGAAAACUCUAAUGAGUAAAUUAAAAUUGAAAAAUACAGUAACAAUUCAACAAGAAAAACUAUUGGCAGAAAAAGAAGAGAGACUUCAAAAAGAGCAGAGAGAAUUGCAGGAGACAGGACAAUCUCUUCGAAUGAAAGAGCAGGAGGUUUGCAAGCUGCAGGAACAGCUGGAAACUACAAUACAAAAACUAGAAGAAAGCAAGCAGUUACUGAAAACCAAUGAAAAUGUAAUCACAUGGUUAAACAAACAGCUGAAUGAAAUUCAGAUGGCAAAGAAGCUAGAGACUUCUGCCAGUACACAUGGUGGUGUUAGGGCUGCUGUUUCACCUCAUGGCAUGCCUGACCGCCCAUCCUUCCCCAGCUCAGGAAUCAGCCAUCCCCUUUCUCCUCUGUAUGCCUUUCAGAACUUUCUGGAACCAAUGCACAACAAAAACAUCAAUUCACAGUGUCUAGUACCAAAGAUUCAGUUCAACAGCCAGCUUUCUAAAGUGAAUCGAUGUUUAGAUGUUCAGACAGUGGCUGCAACUGGUCAUCCAGCAAAUAAGGAGAAUGGUGAUAAUUUGGGGCUGGAAUCAAAGUAUUUCAAGAAAAAAGAUGACAGCAUUCCUUUACAAGGGCUUAGUCAAAAUGCACUCAACUCAGAGUAUCUGAAACCGUACUUAUCUACAAAAGCCCAACCAUCACCAAAAGCUGCAGUAACGCCAACCUCAGCUUAUUUUCCUGGAUCGUAG